ACGAAUAGGCUCGCGCGCACAUUAAAGUGCAGGGUGUAGUAAUGUUAUAAGAAGAGCCGAGAGACGGAGUCAACAUGGGAAACAAACCAUCAGCUAAACGGGAGCGGAAACAAGUGGUCAGAAGUCUCUCUGUCUGGCACCUUCCUCCGCCUGAAGAGGAGAAGCGUUAUGACUUCCCAGACGCCACUCUUACAUUUGUAGACGAAGAUGACGUAUUAGAUUUUUUGUGCGCUGACUACAAGUCCCGCAGAGCAAAGAUGUCCUGCGGCCAUGCUGUCACUCCGAUGUCUCUCACCCACUGGUGCCGCAGGCAGCUGGACAAGGGUGGCUGCGAAUUUGUGUGCGGACAAACUGGCUGUGAUGUUGAGUGGCCCUUCGAGGAGGUUUGUAAAAUGGCCCUUCUGACCCCCGAAGAAAUUGAGGAAUUUAAUAAGAAAAUUUUUGAAAAUGCCAAGGAUUUCUUGGACAUCAAAUUUUGUCCUGGUUGCAAGUCCCGUGUGGUGAGAACUGACCUCAACGAUCAGAGUGUCCAAUGCACAGUGUGCACGGCUAAAAGAGGAAGGACUUAUACAUUCUGCUGGCAGUGUUUGAAGGAAUGGAGAGGUCUGACUUGGUUAGGAGACUGUGGAAAUGAUGACUGCCAUAACCCACUGGAAAUAUUGAAGAGCUGCCCUGACAUCACCUUUAAGGAUGUGAGGGGGGUCACUGGCUGUCCCUCCGUCCGGGCAUGUCCCACCUGUGGUUCGCUGGUGGAGCAUAACAGAACUAAAUGUAAAAACGUUGUCUGUGGCCGGUGUAAAGUGGAGUUCUGUUUUGUGUGCCUGAAGCUCACUAAAGAAUGUCUGAGAUUAAAGCCCUCUUCACAUUACGAGCUUUGCUCUAGUGGUGUGGCACCGAGACAGACCUCUAUACCCGUGUGGCAGAGGACAUGAAUCUGUUGAUUUAACAACCUUUACAACCUUACAACCUUUCUUUUAAAGGUUCUUAUAAUUAUCAUAACUGUUACUUCUCAGACACGAACUCAAUCGCAUACCUUCUUUCAAUAACUGUUCAUGCUUUUAUGUACUUUUACUAAAUUAUCAGACCACAUGAGAAUCACUUACUUCUUUCCACAAUUUAAACAUUGUACAUAGUAUUUAAAUGUUGUGAAGUGUGGUAUUUUAACUGCUUUACUUUCAUAUUUUAUAAACUGCUCUAAUGUUUUGUAUGAGUAUUUCCCUCUGAAAUGUAGAGAUGUACAGAAACAAAUCUGUUGAUUUCAUACUAAAGAGAGAGAAAGCUGUAUUCUGAAUAAAUGUUUUAUUGUUCAAAACUAGAACCGUGUGACUCAAACUGACAGCAAUACAGUUAACUUCCACAUCCUGAGGUGUUGGUGCUCAUAUUCACUGUCAGGACAUAAAAUACAUCUACAGUACCAUUUAAACUCCUUUACAAUGGCGCCACCUUCUGGUCAUUGCUCGUACCUACAGUCAAAUCCAUCCUUCAAUCCUUCAGUUUGGGGAUGCUAGCAUUCACCACAAAAAAACACUAAACUUAAUUGAUCUUUCAAUCACACGAUAC